GGUAACAGCGCAGAGUUAGCCGGUGGUCAACCCAUGCCAAGAGGUUUACUGGAAAACGACAGCCCGUGGAUAUUGUUGUGACAAAAUAACACAAAGAUACAUUUUUAUAGUUUACUGCUGUUUCGCGCCGAUAGGGGGCCGCGCAUCAUGACGUCCAAAUGCAGGCCGAGUGACAGAGGAAAAGUUUCCAACUCUUCUUGUCGGUAAUUCCAAGUUGAAUGGGAGCGGAAUAACAGCAAAAAGGCGGACAUGAACUUCGGCGUCCCCGCUAACUCGAUGCUACUCCUCCGCGCCUGCGACGAGGGGGACUACGAAACGGCCCGGGGGAUCCUGGAACCCGGAGCCUCCAAAGACUCCGGACGGCAGAGCAGACUGCGCUCGGACGCGGGCUCGGAGUGCAACGCGGCGGAUUUGUUGUUGUCUCUCGUACCGGUGGACUGCACGGACGAGGAGGGAAACACCGGCCUGCAGUUUGCCUCGGCCAGCGGUCAUGAAAACCUGGUCCGUUUUUUGCUCCGAAAGGGGGCCUCGGUGGACAGCCGCAACAAUUACGGUUGGACGCCCCUCAUGCAAGCUGCCAGAUUUGGUCACCUGACCGUCGCCCACAUCCUGUUGGAGAAUGGGGCAGACAUUAAUGGGCGGAACAGGCUGGGUGCAAGUGUCCUGACGAUGGCGGCGCGCGGGGGACACACGCAUGUCGUGAAACUUCUCCUGGAGAGCGACGCCUUCGUCGACGACUUUGAUCACCUGGCCGCGGCCGCGGAGACGGACUCCAACGGAAACAACAACAACAGCUGCAGCGCCGUUGGUUUCGGAGCUGGUGAAGCCUGCGCAGGGGGCGGUGUGCGAGAUUUCAUGGACGUUACAGCUCUGAUGGUGGCGUCUCAACAUGGCCAUGAAGCCACAGUGCGUCUGCUGCUGGAGUGGGGCGCCGAUGUCAGCUUUGCACAGAAGACCACCGGCUGGGGUCCGCUGAUGGUGGCGGCACUCAGUGGGAAGGUGGCUGUGGCCCAGCAGCUGGUGGAGCGUGGUGCUGAUCCAGACCGAGUUAAUGUGUUGUCCAAGACGGCAUUUGAACUCGCCAUGCAGCUAAAACAGAGAGAGAUCAAGGCUUACCUGGAUUCCAUCACUACUGUACGACCACAGACUGAUGAUGAGAGACGAAGACCAGACGUGUUCAGCGCCCUCAAACUGGGAAAUUCCCAGCUAGUCAAAGAAAUAUUGGAAGAGGAUCCCACUCAGGUGAAUUCCUCCAAUCAGGAGGGAGCAACGCCACUGAUGAUGGCGGCAGUGAGCGGUCAGUUAGAAGUUGUGCAGCGAAUGGUGGAGAAGAAAGCCGACAUCGACAAACAAGACGGAGUCCACGGGUGGACGGCCUUGAUGCAGGCCACAUAUCAUGGAAAUAAAGACGUUGUCAAGUACCUACUAUGUCAAGGGGCUGAUGUCAACCUUCGAGCAAAGAAUGGAUACACAGCUUUUGAUUUGGUCAUGCUGCUAAAUGAUCCAGACACUGAGCUGGUGCGUCUGUUAGCCUCAGUGUGUAUGCAAGUGGACAAGGAGAGGUCCAAACACCGUGGCAGGACAUCAGUGGCUCAUUCCAAAGGCAGACAUGCCCUCAACAACACCCCUGUGCCACCUGAUGACAAAGGAGGCCUUAAGUCCUGGUGGAGUAGGAUGUCUAAUCGGUUCAGACGGCUGAAGCUGACUCACACCCUGAGACAUGGCUUUUUGUCCAACCGGCUGGCUCCGUUCCCCGAUGACGCAGAGACCUCCCUGGACGCCACCAUGAAGGCUGACGUGAAACCUGCUAGUACCGCUAACGCUGCUCUGGCACCCACUAGUACCCAGGGAGUAAGUGACUCCAGCGCCGUCUGGGCAGUCAAGAGCAAAGAGACAGGUCUGUGCAGGACAUCAUCAGAAAAGGAGGACAUGCUAAUUACCACAAUGCUUCGAAGCGGCGCUCCCCUUACCCGGCUACCUAAUGACAAGCUGAAGGCAGUGAUCCCUCCCUUCCUGCCCCCAUCCAACUUUGAAUCGUGGAACUCGGACCGCUCACACCUCCUCAGGGAGGGAAAAAGCGAAGCACCUCGGCUUCCGAUGCCACCCCAGAGGAGGUUGAACAGCAGCGGGAACUCCGAUAUUACAUCUAUCAGUCGAGUGGUGAGCAGAUCCAUUAAGUUUCCCGGCCUUCCCAAGGGGCCUUCGUCCUCUUCUCCUUCCAACUCUGGCCACUACCACUCGCCUCACUCCUCUGGAGGCUCCAAUGGAGUGGCGGGCCUCAAUCGGGACACGCACAAUCGCUCAGGGGGCAGUGCAGAUGGUGUUCUCGCCCAGAUAGCGGCCCAACGGAAGAAAGCUGCGGGCCUGAUUGAUGUGAAGACUCAACCAACUGAGAAACAGCACAGCCAAACUUUAAGUCCACCGGCACUUCCUGCUGCCACCGCCAGCAUGCCACCACCAGAUAUCAGCCUCCCUGAUACGCACUCUCACCCCAAUCUGGACAUCUCCUCAAGAAGGAAGAUGGAUUUGAAAAGGAGACCUCAGUCUGGGAACUCAUCCACCUCCAAGAGCACAUCGCCCACUCUGACUCCGUCUCCCUCCCCGACCCCUAAGCCCACCGGUGGGCAAGGAGACUCCUUGUCCUCGGCUUCUUCCCAUCCUCGCUCCAAGAGCAGCGGCGGCUCCAGUAGUGGCACCAUCACCGAUGAAGAUGAGUUGUCAAGUAUCUUAAAGAAACUGUCGUUGGAAAAAUAUCAGCCCAUAUUUGAGGAACAGGAGGUGGAUAUGGAAGCUUUUCUGACUUUAACAGAUGGAGACCUGAGGGAGCUUGGUAUUAAAACAGAUGGACCAAGACAGCAGAUCUUGGCAGCCAUAUCAGAGCUUAACGCUGGAAAGGGCCGAGAAAGGCAGAUCCUUCAAGAAACCAUACAUAACUUCCAGUCAUCCUUUGGCAGCAGUGCCAGCAACCCAAGACCACCCGGAGAGCCACGCUCUCCAACUAACUGGAUGAGACAUCAGGUUUGUUCCUCCAGUAAGAGGUAACUCUGAAACGGACAGCAAACCACUUCAAAUAAUACUCAAAUGCUGGUGAACUGAAGCAAUUCAAUUACAGUAUUCUAGACAUAAGUAUCCUCUCAUAGUGAAUUAAGGUGUUGGUACAAGAAGAUAUUACAGCAAGACAACUAGCCACUACCUUCUUAGGUGCCUUAACAAUAAAUCUUUCUUGAAGUGCUUCUAUGGACACUCAAGCAGUGAAGGUGGAACACGGCUGCUAGAGAACCUAAAGACAAAGUGCACAAAACAAAGGAAGAGUGACUGAGUAAAUGUGAGAGACACAGCAGGUUUUGAGUUAAAAGGAGUUUUUCGUUUGCAAGACUGUGAGUAAUACGUGCAAUCAUAAGGAAAGCAAAGGGAGUAUAAGAAAGUGCAGUACAGUAUUCAGUUUAUGAGGCUGCUUCUAUCAGUAUUCCAUGUCUUCAAAUGAUGGACUUAUUUGGUAACAGGUGGUUCCAUUGUGAAAUAAAUAAACAUUAUGAUGCUUUAAUGUUGAUAGGUUUU